AUUUGCAGGAAAAAAGAAUGAGAAUCUGUCAUAAAAAUAUCGAAAUCAACGUUCAUCUAAUAACAGCACAGAAAUGAAAUUAGGAUUAUCAGAGAAGAUGGGAAAUAUAAAAACUACGAUGAAUUCAAGAUUAGUGAAUCAUGUCUCCAACAUUUUCGACAAAUACCCGAGAAGAGUUAUAGUGUUUCUUGUUGUGAUGUGCUUUAUCACACUGGGGAUAACACCCGCUUUAUCGUUCAUACCAAAAAGUCGUCCUCCAUAUUGGAUAGUGAAUACCGUCGUAUAUGCCGUACUGGCGAUUCUUGAUAUCACGGUGAUAUGUCUGCUGGUCUUAAUAGACAGAAUACGAAAACUAUUCCCGUCUGCUUGCCUGACCGUAUUAACAGAAGUCGAAUUCAUAGGGAAAGACUACAUAUGGGUACUUGUUGUGAUGUCAAUAGCUGUGGUUCUCUUCAUCAUGUGUAUAUCGAUUGGUGCAACGUUGAAGAGUGAACUGAAAGUGGGCUCUCUUGGAAUGCUGAUAGGCUAUGCUUUAUUCUCAGCUGCACUCGCCGCUGCUACACUUGGAGUUCACUUUGGGAUUCAACAGACUUUCUGGGCAUUGGUGAUUCUCGCGGCAGGCACAACCAUUCUAGUAAUCCCUUCUGCUUGCCUGACCGUAUUAACAGAAGCCGAAUUCAUAGGGAAAGACUACAUAUGGGUACUUGUUGUGAUGUCAAUAGCUGUGGUUCUCUUCAUCAUGUGUAUAUCGAUUGGUGCAACGUUGAAGAGUGAACUGAAAGUGGACUCUCUUGGAAUGCUGAUAGGCUAUGCUUUAUUCUCAGCUGCACUCGCCGCUGCUACACUUGGAGUUCACUUUGGGAUUAAACAGACUUUCUGGGCAUUGGUGAUUCUCGCGGUAGGCACAACCAUUCUAGUAAUCCCUAUUGCCCUAUUCAUCGGUCAGAUAACACUUGGCGCUCGUGAAUUCAGAGCAUUUGGUACAGAUUACUGUAUGGCUUCAUUGACUGCACAUGCUGUGCUUAUCCUUUUUCUGAUUACACUAGGCAUUGCAUUGAUAUCUUUAAAAAAGAUGUAG